AUGGCAAGCAUCAACAACUGGGUGCUUCUUUCCGCCUACGUCUUAUCGUUCAUAAUUGGUGUGCCGGCCAAUAUCUUGGCUUUCUACGCCUUUGUGAUGAAAGUUCGCCAAAAACCAACACCCACCGAUAUCCUGCUGCUGAAUCUCACCAGUUCUGAUCUUCUCUUCCUCUGUUUCUUGCCUCUGAAGAUGUAUGAGGCAGCUUCCAACAUGGAGUGGCAUCUCCCUAAAAUAAUGUGCUCCAUUACCUCCUUUAUUUUCUUCACCACGAUUUACACCAGCGCCCUUUUGCUAAUGGCUGUCAGCGUGGACCGUUACGUAGCAGUGGCCUACCCUGUUCUUUAUAGACAGCUGUAUAAGCCCAUAUAUGCUAUAGCUGUGAGUGCCUUUGCCUGGUUUUUCAGAGCGGCCCAUUGCACCAUUGUGUUUUUUGUUGUUCACAUGCCACUUCCUAACAACACCGUCCGCUCCACAGUCUGCUAUGAGCGGUUCACCGAAGAGCAAAAGAAGAUUGUGUUGCCAGUGCGGCUGGAGUUUUUCAUUGUGCUUUGUUUGGUUCCACUUCUGAUCUCUGUCCUCUGCUACCUGAGGUGCAUUUGGCUCCUGUACACCCAGCUUCGUAUAAGCAAGGAGAAAAAGAGGAGAGCAAUUGGGAUGGCGAUGGGAACUUUAUUUGUAUUUGUGGUCUGUUUUCUGCCCUACAGUUCAUCUCAUGUGGUAGGGUAUAGUUCCAAUAAGAGCCCUGAGUGGAGGUAUUACACCCUGUUGUUGAGCACCUUCAACACAUGCUUGGACCCCAUCAUCUUCUACUUCUCCUCCUCAGUUUACCGCAACACCUCUGCGCUCCACAUGCCUUGCCUGAGACAGAGAAACUGCAAUAGGGAUGAGGUCGUGGAUGGUUCCAGUGACUAA